CCCCGCUGGAGCCGCCCUGGGGCCGCCCCGGGCUCCGCCUGCGGCGCUGCAGCCUCCAGAGCAGGGUUUCCAGUUUCGAAACUAGAUGUGAUCUCGCAGCUGGAAGAGGGGAAGAGACGUGGGUCCCAGACCUCCAGGGCUCUGAGAAAGAAGUGCUCCCGAGAGCUGCCUACACAGGGAGUGAGCUAUGUCUGGAUUCUCUCUGUCUCCCAUCAGGUGACAAGAUGGUGAGUGAGAAUGAGGAGGAGACACCCCAGCAGAAAUAUGCUGAGCAAGUAGUACCACAUGAAAUAUUAUCUGGAGGAUCCAAAGGGAAUGAUUCCAGGAGUUGUGCACUCCCAGAAAAAGCAAAAGCCUGUGAGAGUCAGCAGAGGCCAGAGGAAAACUUGAGUAGCCACUCGCACCUUAUUACACGUAAGAAAAUCAAUUUGGAAGAGACAUGCUACACGUGCCAUGAGUGUCGGAAAAGCUUCAAUGGGACCUCUGACCUUCUCAAACAUCAGAAACUCCACAGUGGAGAGAGACCAUUCAUGUGCUCUGAGUGCGGGAAAAGCUUCAACAGGAGCUCUUCCCUUAUCACUCACUGGAGAAUCCACACGGGAGAGAAACCUUAUGGAUGCUCCGAGUGUGGGAAAUGCUUCAAUUGGAGCUCACAUGUAAUCAGACAUCGGAGAAUCCACACAGGUGAGAAACCUUAUGGAUGCGCCGAGUGUGGGAAAUGCUUCAAUCGAAGCUCAAACCUCAUCAGACAUCAGCAAAUCCACACAGGAGAAACGCUCUACACAUGCUCUGAGUGCGGGAAAAGCUUCAAUCAGAGCUCUUCCCUGAUCACACAUCAGAGAAUCCAUACAGGAGAGAUGCCCUACACCUGCUCUGAGUGCGGGAAAAGCUUCAAUCAGAGCUCAAACCUUAUCCGACAUCAGCGAAUCCACACAGGAGAGACGCCCUACACAUGCUCUGAAUGUGGGAAAAGCUUCAAUGAUAGCUCAGCCCUUACCACACAUCAAAGAAUCCACACGGGUGAGAAACCCUAUGCAUGCUCUGAGUGUGGGAAACGCUUCAAUCUUAGCUCAACCCUUAUCAGACAUCAGCAAAUCCACACCGGAGAGACGCCCUACACAUGCUCUGAGUGUGGGAAAAGCUUUAGUCAGCACUCGCACCUUAUCAUACAUCAUAGAAUCCACACAGGAGAGAAACCCUACACGUGUUCUGAGUGCGGGAAACGCUUCAGUGAUAGCUCAGCCCUUACCACACAUCAAAGAAUCCACACAGGUGAGAAACCUUAUGGAUGCUCUGAGUGUGGGAAAAACUUCAAUCAAAGCUCAACCCUUAUUAAACAUCAGAAAAUCCACCUAAGAGAGAACUGUAAUAAAUGCCUUGACUAGGGCUGGCCAUAGAUUUUUUUUUUUAUUUUUUUUUUUUUAAAUCACAUUUGCUAUUUCCCACAUAGUGAUUUUUUGCACCAUCUUCACCAUAGUUUCUCAGCUCCACCAGACGAGUUGCCUGCUUCUGGGUUUGCAGCUAACACUGCUUUGGGAUCAGUCCUGUUAUCUUUUCUGUCAACUCCUUUCCCUUUGAAUCAUAGUGUAUGUCUCUCCAGCCAGGAAUGUUCAUCAUCUCCAGAUGGGAGAGAGAGGUUUGAUCCCAACAAGCUACACUGAGGCAAAAAAGUACCUGUGCCUUACAUCCACUAGGGCUGUACAUGGUGUUGGCUGCUCAAGUUAGUGAUCUUGGUGAAAAAAGACAAUUAUAGUGGUAGUGCAGAUGCAGCUCAGGUGCAGUCGUUGUCAUUAGCUUUCCCGUUGACCUGACCUAAACUCCAUCACUUUUCCUAGUCUAAACAAACGCUGAGCAUCACGGUUAUAUGUUUCCCCAUUUCAAAGCAAUUGUUAGACAUCAAGUUCCCCCUUGGGGAACAAAUUGUUUCAUUCCCAGUUGCUCUGAUGUUACUUCAGGUUGUGCUGGAGAGCAGAUAUUUUUACUACCAUUUUCCUCACUUAAAAUAUAUUGAACUAUAACAAGGGGCAGGAAAAAGGAAAAAUGUCAUUUCACGCUCUGUAACAACAGAAGAACAUAGGUUAAGGUGGAGGAAUUCCCUUAUUCCCCAUCACCAUCCCAGUCCUCCUGCUGUUGAAUUGGUUAGGUCAAUAUUUUUGUCUAAAGGGCUGGGAAUAGGAUUCUUUAGUAAAUGACUUGUAACUAAGCAAAAUACCCUUGCAUUUGGCUCCCAAAGCAGUUCUGUCUAGGCUCUGAAGGAGGUCGCUCCUGAACAUCUCUCCUUCCUAAUCAGGUGCAUGUUGCCUAUUAUUUGGGAAAUAGAAUCCCUGUCUAGGUAGAGAUGAGAAAAAAAUGGAAGUGACAUUUCUGUUCAGCUCACACCUGGGAGAUGCUGCAAACGUGUAGAAAAUGAAAUCCAUGUUGAAUGUGAUAUAGCUGCAGAAAGGUACCUAUUUUUUUAUAGAUACCUGACAUUUGGUGUCUUACAGGGAUUCUAAGAAGCACAUGAAUUUAGUCCCUAAUUUAAAUCUGUGCCACCAGAUUAAAGAAAUAAAAGGGCAUAUUUGGAGGAGUUAUACCUCACUAUCGCUACUGAUAUGUUGUAUGCUAGGUGAAGAAUUCUAUGCCAGAGAAGUGUAAAUUUACUCCAAGGAAGGUCAAAGAUAUGACAAGAACUUGGGUAGAAAUUGCAGGUACUAGGGGUUGAUUUUCACCCCAGAGAUGGACGCUAUGGUGACCUGUGGCCCAGGUAAACUAUUUUUAGAAUGCUGCUCCCUAAUUAAGUGGCAUUGAUCACACUCCUAAAGGAUGCCAUGAUUACAUUGGGCACAACUGUCUUUUACCAUUUGGAUCCAAAGUUUCAUGAAGCAUAGAGAGACUCUUAGAAUCAUAGAAGAUUAGGGUUGGAAGAGACCUCAAGAGGUUAUCUAGUCCAACCCCCUGCUUAAAGCAGGGCCAACACCAACUAAAUCAUCCCAGUCAGGGUUUUGUCAAGCUGGGCCUUAAAAACCUCUCAGGAUGGAGAUUCCACCACCUCCCUAGGAAAUCCAUUCCAGUGCUUCACCACUUUUCCUGAUUAAAAUUUUGAUAAAUUUUAAAAUAAAUCUUCUGUUAAGAGAAAAAUUACUUGAGAGAAGAUGUGGAACCAACCAGUUCUUUUUAUAGGUGUUGAGCCUCUUUUCAUUUUGAAUACAGCUCUUUAACCCUCAGGCCUGGCUUUGGAAACCUACUCAGAACUGGCCUUGUGUUUCUUUCAUUGUUGAUAUCUUUGGGGUUCACAUCCACAGUACAUACGGUUCAAAGCAACAGAUACUUUGAGAAACCUGCUGGGUGAAGCAGGCCUUUUACAAACUGACGUUGGCCCAAAGUCUGCCUCCAUUCAGCUGGAUUGGGACAUGUCUGUAUCAAAGCAGUGGUUCACACCUGAUUUGCCCAGUAACCUUGGGGGAAGGGCUGGUAAGAUAGGAUAAGUAGGAAUUGACCACAAUAAUGUUAAAAGUAAGGGUGACAAACCUUCACCUUGCAGGUCAACAAGCCUCUUCUGUUUAUUCCUGCUGACAUAUCUUGCACUAAUCACUCUCAGGCAGCACCCUCAUCUAGAUGGCCAUUGGUCUGACCCAGUAUGACCAGUCUUGCGAUCUUAUGUAAGCCAUGUAGGACCUUGUCUACACUGGCAAGUUUCUGCGCAGUAAAGCAGUUUUCUGUGGUGUAAUUCCAGAGGUGUACACACCGCCAAGCCACUUAAUGCGCAGAAACUGCGCAAUUGCAGCACUAUAAAAAAAAAACAAAACACCCCGACGAGAGGCGUAGAGCUUUCUGCACUGGGGCUACAGCGCUGCAGUGCCCAUGUAGACACCCUAGUCGAUUACAGCGCUGCUAUUGGCCUCCCACAAUCCCUGUUCUCGCCUCUCUGGUCAUUGAUUUGAACUCUACUGCCCUGCCCUCAGAUGACCCACUGUGAACCCCACCCCUGAAAUUCCUUGGGAAAUUUGAAAGUCCCCUUCCUGUUUCCUUGGUGAUGCAUGCAGUGGCCUCAGCGCAUCUUUCCAGGUCACCAGGCCUGCUCCACACACCAGGCUGUCCCCCGCUUGGAGCAAUGAUGAGAUGCCAAUGAGGUUCAGCAUUUGGGGAGAGGAGGCUGUCCAGUCCCAGCAGCGCUCCAGCCACAGGAAUUAUGAUAUCUAUGGACAGAUUUCACAGUGCAUCAGAGAAAGGGGCCAUGACCGGGACACACUGCAGUGCAGGGUCAAAGCGAAGGAGCUGUGAAAUGCCUACCACAAGGUGCAGGAGACAAACCACCACUCCGGUGAUGCACUCAUGAGCUGCCGGUAUUAAAAAGAGUUGGAGGCGAUACUCAGUUGUGACCUCAUCUCCACUAUGAAGGCUACUGUGGAUACUUCUGUGGCUUGUGUGCUAGUUGAGAGUGGACCGAGCCAAGAGGAGGAAAUCUUGGAUGAGGAUGUGGAGGCCGAGCAGGAUCCAGAGGCAGAGGAGGACUCAGAGGCCAGAGAUACCUGCAGCCAGGAGUUCCUCUCUGCCCCAGAGGAGACAAGCCAGUCACAGCUGUCGGAGCUUGGCAAAGCGCAAACAGGAGAGGAGGCCCCUGGUAAAUGGCUUUGAUUUUGGGAAUCACUGAAGUGAGUUCUUGGGGACAGGAGGGUUGCAGAUAGCAGGCCUGUGUCUGUAUGAUGCACGUACCACCACAUGCCCAGUCUGAGCAGCAGAACAGGGUAAUGAUUCACUCCUGCACUUCUGCUUUGUUUCUUGCCCCAUUAAGGGUAACUUUCCUGCCCCACUCUGCUGUCACUAUGGCAGUCAUGGGAGACCUUUGCUGCACAUAGGCAUGCCACAUAUAGGCCAGGGCGGAAACUGCAGUCUUGGAGAAGACCCUCCCUUGAUUUCCUGCUCGCCCUCGGCAAUGAGAUAUCUUCUAUAAUGAACACAGCCUGUGGAAAAUGUGGGCACAGGAAUGAUUAUGAGCCCCCCUUCCCCCCCCAUUGCUGUCUCGCCCUAAGAGCCACAUGCCCAGGGUACAGUACAGUCCUGGAACAGUGAUUUCCCCUGCUCCUUCUGUUACUGUUUUGGGGGUCUUGUGGCUCAUGUGUGCUUGCUUGGGGUUAGCCAGUUAGUGAUAGGUAUAUGAAUAGUGGCUGUGUUUUAAAUCACUGAAUCGGUGAUCUGUGUUUUGCAAACAAUACUGCUUCUGUAAAAUGUUGCAUUUUGGCUUCACAGAUAAGACCUUGGGAGCCCAGCCUCCUCCUUAUCACCAGCUGAAUGGCUACUCAGAUUUAGAAAGCAGCCCUGAAGAGAACUUUCUGCAUGAUGUCAUGAUGCACUCCGCAGCUGAAAAACAAGAGUUGAAAGAGUGGCCGUACAGCGAGAAAAGGACUGAAAGGAGAACAUGGUGCGCCAGAAUGAAGCCAUGGAGCAGCUCUUAAUCUUUAUGGAGUGCCAAGCGGAUACUCUCCAAGUGCUACUAGCACUGAAAACCGAGCAGCUCUGCGCCCGCCCUCCCCUGUAGCCACUGUGGCAGAACUCUUUCCCAUGCGCCCCUCCCCACCCUGACAAUACCAACACACUCUUAUCAACCUCCUGGCUCCAAUCUGUACCGGCUGCAUUCCACUCCUUCCCCAUCCCGGUCCAGCCCUGCGGGCGCCCCGUACCCAGUGCACUCAACACCCGUCCCUCUGCAGGUUAUUGCUGCAGAAGAAAAGUGCCCACUGCACUGUACUCCAAAGGAUAAGGCUGCAUAUGCUACCUGGACAUACACAAAUUUUUAACUGUCCCAGGACCCCCGUUCCUCAUGGGACCCUCCCUUCCCCCCACUCCCCACAGUCCUGAUUUUUGUUGUUGUUGUUUGUUUGUGUCUCUCCUCCGGUUGUUGUUUUUUAAUAAAAGAAUACUUUUGCUUUGAAA